GAUGAAAGUUCCUUUUUUUGUACCAGAACUUUCAUCCAUGCCAAAAACAAAACAACAGUCAUACGUCGCAAAUGCUCAUCCAGUAGUCUCGAAUAUCCUAUAACAUAUGCUCGAAAAAUUGUGUGCCCACAAUCAACGGGCGUCGACGCGCUGAUUUCCCGAAACAGCCCCCCUCCCUCCUCCUCCUCCCUAUAAAUACAUCCUCAGAUCCCACCAUCGCAAUUCAUAUAACAUACUGGUUUCGAAGAAAGAAGUUUUAAGAGAGAGAUAGAGAGUGAAGAUGUCGGCAAUGGUUGACGUGUGGAUGGGUGAACUAGGGAAGCUUGGAGAGAAGGUACGAGCUCGGAAGCCAUUCUUGCUUAGAAGAAGAAGAAGAGACGGUCGCGAAGAUCAAGAAAAUGAGGCAUCACUGGCCAAGAAGAAAGACCCUGCUGCUGCUGCUGCUUCCGUCUUGCGAAAUUCAGCAGCAGCAGAGAAAAAGAAAGACAAUACAAUAUCAGAAGCCACAGUCUGUCUGCUCAUGGACCGUUUUGCGCCGUGGUGAAUCCCAGAUAGAGAUAUAUUCCAGUGCAGGCAUAUAUAAUUUGUAGUUACGUCAGUGUAUAUGUACGUUCCAAUUGUACGAUUGCGCGAAUUUUUCUAAUAAACUUGUUUGCCUUCCAUUAAA